AUGGUUACUAAAAGAAUAUUUCAUAUUGCUCAAUUCAAAACCGCUUCAAGACAUUGGUUACCAAUUACUCAAUCAACUAUUAAUUCAAGAGCUUUCUUUUCAUCUAAACAAAGAUGUGUAAAUUUCAAUAAUUUAAAUGACUCAACUUCAGCAUCUUUAGUUUCUAAUGAUGAUGUAUUUACUACAGCUUCACAACAAGCUGCUACUUCAUCAGAAGAUUUAGAUGUUUCAUUUGAACCAACUGUAAAUUCAUCCGAAGAAAUAUUUACUGCUGGUCCAGUAAACAGAGUAUAA